AUGGCCAGCAUACAGAUAUGUUUAGCUCUAGGACUUCUUGCAUUUUUGUGGGCUGAAUUGGGUACUCAAAUCAAAUCAGAGGAACUACAGUGCAGGUUGAUGGCCAAGUUUAAUUUGUCUGGAUAUGUAGAUGCCAAAAAUCAUUCACUUGUUAUUGCAGGACUGUUUCCUAUCCAUUCCAGAAUCAUCCCAGUAGAUGAAGAUAUUUUGGAGCCAGUAUCACCCCUGUGUGAAGGGUUUAACUUCCGGGGUUUCCGAUGGAUGAAAACUAUGAUCCACACUAUCAAGGAAAUUAACGACAGGAAGGACAUUUUGCCCAACCACACUUUGGGCUAUCAGAUCUUUGAUUCCUGCUACACCAUCUCCAAAGCAAUGGAGUCAUCUUUGGUGUUUCUUACAGGGCAGGAAGAAUUCAAACCCAAUUUUAGAAACAGCACUGGAUCAACUCUGGCAGCUAUGGUUGGAGCAGGGGGCUCAUCCUUGUCAGUUGCUGCUUCAAGAAUUUUAGGGUUGUAUUACAUGCCUCAGGUGGGCUAUACUUCUUCCUGCUCAAUUCUUAGUGACAAAUUCCAAUUUCCAUCUUAUCUUCGUGUAGUACCCAGUGAUAAGAUCCAGUCUGAGGCCAUGGUGACUCUUAUCAAACACUUUGGUUGGGUCUGGGUAGGUGCUAUUGCAGCUGAUGAUGAUUAUGGAAAAUAUGGAGUAAAAACUUUUAAGGAAAAAAUGGAGAGUGCCAACCUCUGUGUUGCUUUCUCUGAAACCAUUCCAAAAGUCUACUCCAAUGAGAAAAUGCAGAAAGCUGUUGAUGCAGUAAAGACUUCCACUGCCAAAGUCAUUGUGCUUUAUACUUCUGAUAUUGACCUCAGUCCGUUUGUGCUGGAAGUGAUUCAUCAUAACAUAACUGACAGGACAUGGAUAGCCAGCGAAGCCUGGAUUACCUCAGCUCUCAUUGCAAAGCCUGAGUAUUUUCCCUAUUUUGGUGGAAGUAUUGGAUUUGCACUACCAAGAACUGUUAUACCAGGACUAAAAGAAUUUCUUUAUGAUGUCCACCCUAGCAAGGAUCCAAAUGAUGUCUUGACCAUUGAAUUCUGGCAAACUGCUUUUAACUGUACCUGGCCCAACAGCAGUGUGCCUUACAAUGUGGACCACAGAGUGAAUAUGACUGGUAAAGAAGACAGAUUAUAUGACAUGUCUGAUCAGCUCUGCACUGGAGAGGAGAAGCUGGAGGAUCUGAAAAAUACCUAUCUGGAUAUGAGUCAGCUAAGAAUCACAAACAAUGUCAAACAAGCUGUGUAUGCUAUAGCUCAUGCCCUGGAUCUCCUCAGCAGAUGUCAAGAAGGACAGGGACCAUUUGGUACAAAUAAGCAGUGUGCAUAUAUACCUACCUUUGAAUUCUGGCAGCUAAUGUACUAUAUGAAGGAAAUUAAAUUUAAAUCACAUGAGGAAAAAUGGGUAGUUCUGGAUGAUAAUGGAGAUUUGAAAUUUGGACACUAUGAUAUCCUAAACUGGCAAUUAAGUGAUAAGGGCGAAAUUUCCUUUGUGACAGUUGGGAGAUAUAAUUUCAGAACUCAAAUGUUUGAGCUCAUUAUUCCAACGAAUUCUACAAUAUUUUGGAACACUGAGUCAUCAAGGCGUCCAGAUUCAUUCUGCACACAAGUGUGUCCUCCAGGGACCCGGAAGGGGAUUCGCCAGGGGCAACCCAUAUGCUGCUUUGAUUGCAUCCCAUGUGCUGAUGGAUAUGUGUCAGAGAAACCAGGUCAAAGAGAAUGUGACCCAUGCAGUGAAGAUGACUGGUCCAAUGCAGAUAAGAGCAAGUGUGUGCCAAAGCUUGUGGAAUUCCUUGCUUAUGAGGAGGCCCUGGGGUUCACCCUUGUCAUCCUUUCCAUCUUUGGGGCACUUGUGGUCUUGGCAGUCACUGUUGUGUAUAUAAUCCACAGACACACUCCAUUGGUGAAAGCCAAUGACCGGGAGCUGAGCUUCCUCAUUCAGAUGUCUCUGGUUAUCACGGUGCUGUCAUCCAUGCUGUUCAUAGGCAAGCCAUCUAACUGGACCUGCAUGGCCCGCCAGGUCACUCUGGCACUGGGCUUUUGCCUUUGUCUGUCUUCCAUUCUUGGAAAGACUAUUUCACUCUUUUUUGCCUACAGGAUUUCCGUAUCCAAAACCCGACUUAUAUCUAUGCACCCUGUUAUUCGAAAAUUAAUUGUACUCAUCUGUGUUGUAGGGGAGAUUGGUGUGUGUGCAGCAUACUUGGUGUUGGAGCCUCCGAGCAUGUUCAAAAACAUUGAAAUUCAAAAUGUAAAGAUCAUCUUUGAAUGCAAUGAAGGUUCUAUAGAGUUUCUGUGCUCCAUAUUUGGGUUUGAUGUGCUUCUGGCUCUGCUGUGUUUUCUUACAACCUUUGUGGCUCGCCAGCUGCCAGAUAACUAUUAUGAAGGGAAAUGCAUCACUUUUGGGAUGCUGGUCUUCUUUAUUGUCUGGAUCUCUUUUGUCCCUGCUUACUUGAGCACCAAAGGCAAAUUCAAAGUGGCUGUGGAAAUAUUUGCCAUUUUGGCAUCCAGCUAUGGCUUGUUAGGCUGUCUAUUUCUUCCCAAGUGUUUCAUUAUCUUGCUGAGGCCAAAGAGGAACACUGAUGAAACUGUUGGUGGAAGAGUCCCCACUGUUGACAGGAGCAUCCAGCUGACCUCAGCUUCUGUGAGCAGUGAGCUUAACAACACCACAGUGUCCACUGUUCUGGAUGAGUAG